AUUUUGGGUUUCUACAACAAAUAAACUAACUCAACCACAACAUCCCUGAACUCGACAAACAUUCAGUUGGCGUCCUAAUCCGUAGUUGCCCAAUCGAACCAAAAUCGAGAGCGUGGGUUCGAGCACUGCACAUACCUACGUGAUGAAUAUCAGUGGUGUCGAACAAGGUCCCGGAUUUGUGGGCAUCCGGUUUUGUCAGGAAUGUAACAACAUGUUGUAUCCCCGGGAAGACAAGGAGAACCGCGUGCUUUUGUAUGCUUGUCGGAAUUGCGACUACAAGCAAUUGGCCCAGAACAAUUGCAUCUAUGUGAACAAGAUCAUGCACGAAGUGGACGAGAUCACCAACAUCGUGGCCGACGUCAUCGGUGACCCGACUUUACCGCGUUCCGAGGAUCAUCCUUGUCCUAAAUGCAAACACCGAGAAGCCGUCUUUUUCCAGGCGGCCAGUGCUCGGGUCGAGCAUUGUAUGAAACUCUAUUAUGUGUGCACCAACGUGAUGUGCGGCCAUCGGUGGACCGAAUGAUCAACCGAGAAGGCUGAAUCCCGGCGAGCGGAUGACGAGAUGAAGCUUUAUUAUGUGUGCACCAACACGAAUUGCAGUCAUCGAUGGACGGAAUGAAUUGGCUCAGCCAUUCAUACCAGAAAAACAUUUGUUUGUCUUUCCCAUGUACCUUUACUUUUUUCUGAAAUAGAUAAUGGCAGCAAAUUCGUGCUUCCUCGCUGAUCGUU